AUGGACUCAAAAACCCCAGUUACAUUAGCUAAAGUCAUCAAGGUCUUAGGUAGAACCGGUUCAAGAGGUGGUGUCACCCAAGUCAGAGUUGAGUUCUUGGAAGACUCAACCAGAACCAUUGUCAGAAACGUCAAAGGUCCAGUCAGAGAAAACGACAUCUUGUGUUUGAUGGAAUCUGAAAGAGAAGCUAGAAGAUUGCGUUAA